AUGUCUAAAACUGAUGCUGUAGAGGAGGAGGGGCCCAGUAGGGCACGGGCUGUGGUCCGAAGCGUGGGGGGCUUUAUUCUGGGUUUGUCCUUGGCCACAGCCUAUGGGAUCCUGGAACUCCUGGUGGAGGGACACAGCUCCUACGGCUGCCUGGUGGCCACUGUCACUUUGGCUGCCUUCCUUAGCCUGGGCAUGGGGUUCUCCCGCCAGGUCCGUGUCACUGUCUUCCUGCUGCUUCCCCAGGUCUUCUCCAGGCAGGGUCGGAUGCUGCUGCUUGUGGCUGCCUUUGGACUGGUGCUUCAAGGGCCUUGUGCCAAUACCCUGCGCAACUUUGCCCGGGCCAGUGAAGCUGUGGCCUGUGGGGCAGAGCUGGCCCUGAACCAGACUGCAGAAAUGCUAGAGCGGGCCAAGCAGCCCCUUGUCAGUGCUCUGACCAAGAUUAAAGCUAUUGCCCAGAGGGCCAAAGUGGUGGCUGACCGGGUCCGCAGGUUCUUCCGGUCCAUCAUGGACGGCGUGAAGCAUGUGGCCAGGGCCCUGCGGAAUGUGUGGUAUUGGCUCCUUCACAUUGGUGAUGUGUGCAACUCAGAGCUGGGCAACCCUUACAUGAAAUGCAGUCGGGUAUUUGAUGACGCCAGAGACAGCUGUAUGAAGAGCAUGCCGCGGGUCGCUCACCUGUGCUACGUGAUCAUGCCCUUCAAACUGGCGCUGUGCGGACUUGCCAGCUUGGUCCAGAUGUUCUGUGUCAUCCCCAUGUACCUUCAGCUCUUCCUGCGAAGGACCAUCAGCACCCCUGUGAUGAAGCUGCUUAACCAGGUGCGUCGUGAGUUUGAGUUCAACAUGACAGUCACCCACUACUUCUCUGUGGACCUCAACGCCUCUCGGAGCCUGUCCCAGGUGGCCCUGGACCUUCACGAGGCGGUCAGCACGAAGCUGCACAGGACCAGGGAGGCCCUGGCCCUGAUGGGCUACACCAUGCCUCUUCUCUUUGCACUUCUCUACCUCCAAGCCCUGUGGUAUUGGCACUGUUACCUGAACUGGGACGAUUUUGACAACAUCUAUAUCACCAGCCGCUUCUUGCACAUGGAGGCAGUGCGCUCUGAGGCAGGGCUGCCCACGGUGCUGCCGCUCAGUUCCCAGGAGGCCAGAUACUACAUCCAACCAGGCUCCAUCUUCCUGUCCCAAUGGGAGCAGUUUUUUUAUGUGCUGGAGACCUUUGAUCUUGCUCGUCACCUCCUCCUCGUGUUCCUCCUGGUCUUUCUGGACUAUGCUGUCUUCUGGGUACUUGACCUGGCCCGGUACCAUCUCCAGGGCGAGAUUGUAGCCCGCAGCCCCGUGCUGGUGUCUAUAACGGUGGAAGGGACUGGCUAUUCAGGGAGUAUCUACCGUGACCUGGUGUCAGCUUUUGACGUUCUGCAACAAGGCAACAUCAGUAUAUUGUCCCAGCGCUGCCUCCUACAUCCCUCCGAACCAGACGCCAGUGGUUACAUCGUUAUCGGUACCAUGUAUGGUCUGUGCUUCUUCGUCACCCUGUGUGGCAGCUACGUCAGCAGACUGCGGCGUGUCGUCUGUGCCUCCUAUUACCCAUCCAGGGAACAGGAAAGGAUCUCCUACCUCUACCACUCACUUCUGCGUCGUCGGACCAACAUGCUGGCUGCAGUGCACCGGGCGGUCAUGCGACGGGCAGCCGACCAGGGCCACAUGAGUGUCCUCCAGGUGCUGGCCAUCAGGUACCCUUGCCUAAGUCCUUUGCUCAGCCCAUUUUUGCCGAAUCAGCACUACUGCCUGGGCUGUGGGCAGCCUGAAGACAAAGGGGACAUGGAGAACUUUGUGUCCUGCAGUACCCCAGGCUGCAAAGGUCUCUACUGCCUCACCUGUUUCCGUCUCCUGGACAACACCUGCUCUGUGUGUGCGUUGCCUCUCUCCAUGCAGGGGCACCUGGACCUGGAGCUGGACUCCAGCGAUGAGGAGGGUCCUCAGCUAUGGCUGGCUGCAGCCCGCAGAAGGGCCGCUGAGCAGGAGCUCCAGAAAGCACUGGGCGAGCGCCUCUCAGACAAGCCCCGCCUAGCGUCCAGUGACCAGGACAAAGGGAACACGCCUGAAAAGAAGCCCCUGCAGCCCCUCCCCGGAGCUCAUGAGAUCGCAGGCCUUCCCUUGUCCCCUGAACCCCAGGGACCACUUCAGAAAUCCACUGCCCCCAAAGCAGACCCAUCUCCAGCCUCAGAACCUCCUGACCCCUCCCACUCACCCCCAAAAUAA